UUAACCUUUCUCGUACGUACUUCACGCUCAUGUCUCACGUAUUUCGUUGACCUGAUGAAAUAACAGUGUUACUGUUACUGUUGUGGCUGACUUUAUCUUGACGCUGCUCCACUCUCAAUCAAUUUAAACUACAUUAAGACAACACGAGUGACCUCUAAGGAGGUGAGAGGCUGUAAGUUGAUGCCAAUUUAAUUCAGAAAGCUUUUGUCUUGGAGCAGCUUCUUCUACGUGCUCUGCGCUCAAGGAUGUGAAGCUAACAGUUGCUGCUAAUGCUAACGCUAGCUCAGCAAGGUCACAUUUAGAAACUUAAGUUGUCGUCAAAAACAGAAAUGACAUUAAACACAACCGGUGACAUAAAAAAAAAAUUAAAUAGAGGUGCCACAAUUACCUGCCUGCUCGCCGUGUCCGGCGGCAGCGGCAGCGGAAAGCUGACGCCGGCUCUGGGUCAAGGAAGACCUCAGCAACGCUCGAGAGAACCGUCCGAGAGCCGCCAUUUUCCUUUCUGUCAGACGAAGAGACCGGAAGGACUUUAGUACAGAGGUGUCACGUGGGAGCCGGACAGCUCUACAGCGCCACCAAGCGGCGAGGCUGUGAACUGCAAUCACCAGAACCAGAUACUUGCAAGGCUUAAAAGGAAUAGGAUUAACAGUAGAAGUGGGGGAGGACUGUGAUUUUCUUUCUGUGAUGUCAUGAUCAGAGUCCAACCAGAGCUAUUCAGAGAUAUUCUGGUUGAUGAAGAAAUGGAAACUCAGUAUCACCAGUUUGGGUUGCCUGAGAACAGCUCUAUCCAAGGAGGGCACAAAAUGACUAAACCAAUAGGUUUGAAGAGGAUUGGGGCUUAUGUCCUCUAUGCAGUUGUGGUGCUGCUGCUGUUAAUCCUACUGAUGGUCACUGGAAUAAGAUUCUCCCAGUUGAACAAGGGAAUCACUGAUGUUAAACUUCAACUUGAGAGAAUCAAUAAUGGAGGAACGAUGUCAGCAUCCAAACCAGAUGCAACAACUGUACUGGAUGUCUACCUACAGGCACUUGUCCCAGUUAGAGGAACAUGUAGGGAAGGAUGGGUGUCUUUCCAGAGUAGCUGCUACUUGCUGUCCACCACUGCUGUUACCUGGCACAAAGCAGAGGAGCAGUGCCGAACACACGGAGCACACCUGGUGGUUCUGAAUAAUGUGGAGGAAUUGGACUACAUUUCAAGAAUAGUUGUAAUCACAUACGAAUAUUGGAUUGGACUUGUGGAGCGAGAACACGAGGGACACUGGAGCUGGGUGGAUGGGACAGACUUCAAAUCAACCCCAACUUUUUGGGACAUAGGUCAGCCUGACGACUGGGACUACAGGGAGAACGGAGAGGACUGUGGGCAGCUUCAUUCUUCUCAGAAACGCAAACGCAAGUUGUGGAAUGAUGCAGACUGUAACCUGAGGGAGCGGUACAUCUGUGAGACCAGGGCAUGAGAAAGAGAGAGGCCCUUUCAGAGCUGCUAAACCCUCACCGACAUGACAAGCCUGAUAUGUUGAAAGAUAAUGGAAAUGAUGUUUUCAAUUUACAUGUGUAAUUAUGAGUGCAUGUUACCAAAAGUGCUAAAAGUUGCAUAUAGAGAACAUGUGUGGUGCUUUUGUUGGACAAUAAAACAAUAACUAUAAA